GCCACCGACUGACAGCCCCCCAAGCGGCUCUCACUAAAUCCUUGGUGUUUCGAGUCUGACAUCAUCACGCAACCGUGUUUUUUGGCAAGUUUAACAACCACAGGUAGUUUAGAUGGUUAGAGUUAGGUUACGGUAAAGGUUUCGUAAAACUUGAAAUACCAAGGAUUUAGUCAAAACCAACAAGCCACGCCCACGGAUCUGACUCGAAACACCAAGGAUUUAGUGAGAGCCGACAGCAAGCACGCGCGCUGAGCAGUCUCCAGCAGAAAACUCGGUUGAAGAAAACACAACAUCCGCUGUUCUCCCUCACACAUGGAGUACAGUGAUUUCUGACCAGGACACCUCUGGGAUGCCACUGUGGUCCAGUAGUGGUAUCAGAUGGACAUGACAUGCUACUUUUAUGAUGUCAUUUCCUGUGUCUGUUGUCCAGGAUUGGUCAAGUUGAUGGCUGAAGAAUGGCUGGGUUGUUUGGUGUCCCUUGACUGCGGGGUCACUUUAGGUGUGUACCAGGGUGAAGUGGACCCGAACAGACAGACUUUCUCUCUCCGACAGCCGCUUCGUAACGGUGUCCGUUGCCUUGUGUCAGAGGUCACCUUCAGUGUCAUAGACAUAAGGGAGCUGAAGAUUCUUGAGAUUGGAAACGGUCAAGGAAUCGACUCUGACCCGUCAUCUUCCUCAUCAUCAUCAUCAUCAUCACACAGCAGAAACGGCGGUUGCGCAGUCACAGGCUGUCCUCCUGUCAUGCUACUGCGCAGAGGCUGCCAUGAGAGUCAGGUCAUGUGGAGAAGCGCAGAGAUGAAGACCGUCACAGGAGGGCAUCAUGAGUCUUUUAUGGCAGACACUGAUGUGGAUCUUCAGGGAAAUCUGCCGGCGUUUGAUAAACGACUGACGCAGACAUCGAAUGUUCCAGUGACCGCACCGCAGCGUGAAGAAAAGAAAUAUUACACCGAUUCAGGUUUGGUCGUCUCCAGCGUGUCUUACGGCGUAUACAAGCGUUUGCUGGCCGCAGCGGAGCGUCUCGGUCUGUCUGUGGAGCCGAGGCUGGAGAUGACGGGGAUCUGUGGGGCUCAGACGGCUCUCGUGCUGCUCGGGGGUCCUUACAGAUUGACCCCAAAAACCGUGCACCGGCGGCCUCAGGUUGUGCUUCUGUGUGGGCCGCACGUUCAGGGCGUGAGCUGCAGACGACACUUAGCCAAUCACGAGGUGGAUGUGAUCGUCUUCCUGCCCAACUGUGUGAAGAUGCAGGAGACCGUCACCACUGAACUGAUGCUCUUCAAUCAAACCAGCGGCAGACACGUGCUGAACGUCAGAGAUUUGCCCGUGACACCGCCGGUGGAUCUGGUCAAUAACUGUCUGGACAGUAGUGGUGGGCGGAUCGAUCCUGAAAGCGUCUUCCUCGGAGAACAGCUCUGGAACCAAGCGGCAGCCGACUGGGCCAAUCAGAAUCGAGUUCCGGUGUUGAGCGUAGACCCGCCCGUCAGCGGAUGGUGUCUGGGACUGCCUCUGUCGCAGGGCGAGGGUAGAGUUUACCUGUGUGACAUCGCUUUGCCACAGCAGGUGUUUCACGACGUGGGGAUCGACUACGUGUCGCCGUUUGGGUCCAAAUUUGUCAUUCCACUUUAUUGAGUGUGACAGAUGGAGACAUGUGCGGAUUGUGUUACUGUAGCUGCUGGUGUGAAUGCCAGAAACAAUCAAGCACUUUCAUAUUUAUGACAAAUAAUAACAAAUCAUGCUUCCUGCUGUUUUGUUUCUUCAUAUUUAUUUGUACAUUAACUUCAAGGUAAAAUGGUGCUAGAAAGUGUCAAACCCAUCAUUGUUGGAUGUAUUUCUGAUUUGUUUUGGCUGUUUUCUACCACUAGACGAUGCAAUACUUCAUCAUUCUAAUUUAAACUAUCUAUUAAAGUGUAUUGCAGUAUAAAUUGAUAUGAAAUGUAAACACAUUACUCUGAAAACAAA